AUGGCAGAGAGUGAUACUCGUCGCUCUUCUCAGGAGCUCAGCGAUCAACCUACAGAAAUUGUUAAUCAGCAUGUAUCAGCUAAAUCGGUGCAGGUCGUCGGUUGGGACGGUGACAAGGAUCCCAUGUGUCCGAGGAGUAUGUCGAGAAUGCGAAAAUGGUUAAUUGUUUCAAUUGCCUGUGUCGGUAGUCUUUGCGUGACAUGCGCCAGUUCAAUUUACACAGCUACAUAUGCUCAAAUGAACAAAGAGUUCAACUGCUCUCAAAUCGUCGCCACUCUCGGUCUCUCAACUUUUGUCCUGGGAAUUGCGCUUGGUCCUGUUCUGACUAGUCCUCUGAGCGAGUACUACGGCCGAAGACCCAUUUACCUGGUAUCAUGGACAAUGUUUAUCAUUUGGACGAUUCCUUCAGCUGUCGCGCAAAACAUCCAGACCAUGAUCAUUGCGCGCUUCUUCACAGGUUUCGCUGGCAGCAGUUUCCUCAGUGUUGCAGGCGGAACAGCAGGAGAUGUCUUUGAGAGGCAUGAGAUUCAGAAGCCUAUGAGUUUGGUAUCUCUCGCGCCCUUUAUCGGGCCGGCUCUUGGACCGUUGGUUGGAGGUUUUAUCAACUAUAACGUUAACUGGCGCUGGACGUACUACGUUAUGCUUAUCUGGGCUGUUGUUCUCAUGGUUGCCAUUGUCUUCUUUGCGCCAGAGACGUUUCAUCCUAUUCUACUACGCGAAAAGGCAAGAAAGCUUCGCAAAGACACCGGCAACGAUACAUACCGCGCUCCAAUGGAAGACGACCAAAAGCCCAUCCUCGAAACACUUAAACUCUCCGUUCUCCGACCAUUUCAGCUCCUCUUUCUUGAGCCCAUGUGUCUAUGUCUCGAUCUCUACUCAGCCAUUCUCCUUGGUAUUUUGUAUCUGUUCUUUGGCGCUUUCCCUCUUGUCUUCCGCACGAAUCACGGUAUGAACCUCUGGCAGGUCGGCAUGACUUUCCUGGGUAUCUUUGUUGGACUUAUCGUCGCAACGGCUACCACGCCAAUUUGGGCUAAACUUCGAAUAAGAUGGUUAGAAGAGCAGGAGAAGACGACAGGCAAGGCUAUCAGUGAGCCAGAGUACAGAUUGCCUCCGACUAUUCUCGGUGCGGUGCUUAUUCCUAUCGGCUUGUUUUGGUUUGCUUGGACUACAUACGCCAGCGUGCAUUGGAUUGUGCCAAUCAUUGGUUCUGGAGUAUUUGGAUGCGGCAUGCUCCUCGUUUUCACAGGUAUAUUCACCUUCUUGGUUGAUGCCUACCCUCAAUACGCCGCCUCAGCAAUGGCAGCCAACAGUUUCGCCCGCUGCUCCUUUGCAGCGGCAUUCCCUCUUUUCGGUAUUCAGAUGUACGAAAAGCUUGGUUAUCAGUGGGCAUCCAGUCUCCUUGCUUUUUUGACAGUUGCCAUGGCACCGUUCCCUUGGCUUUUCUUCAAGUAUGGGAAACAGCUGAGAGCCAAGAGCAGAUUUGCUUCGAAUACAUAG